GAGAGUAGGAAGUGGAUUGAAGUGGUUUUUUUUAACGAAAACAGUAGGAUCCUGAUCCAUGUUGUUGAUAUUCGCGAUUACUCCGGUAUUGCAUGAACACCACCCAAUACAAGCAAUAGGUUUCUUCCUAUUUCUCGAAUAUUCGAUGGACAAACGAAACUGAAGUCGUUUGGAAAACGAAACUAGUCGAGGCUUUAUAUUCCCACAGGAUCACUGCUGACAUGGAGAACAUACGUUUAUCACCAAGUAGCACACACCCAUCAUCCAGCUCAGAGACUUUGAGCAGCAGUUGGUCAUGGACAUCACAAUCACUCUUCUUAACGGGGAGUCUCACCCUCUCACCGUGGCUCCAGGGACCCCCGUUGGGUCGCUGAAAGACCUCCUCUCUCAAAGGUCUCGACUCUCUCCGGAGAGUCAGAAGCUUUUCUACGACAACGACGGGGACAAAAUAAUUCUCGACAAUCCCGUGACAUCUCUGAGUGCCUAUGGCGUGUCACCCGGCGCCAAUAUCUUCGUGCUGGCCAAGGAGCCCACUAACAUCCAAGUGUUCCUGAGAACGCUGAACGGCCAGACUAACGCCUACACCGUCCGACCUGGGGAGACGGUGGCGGGCUUCAAGCUCAAGGUGAAACAGCGGGAGAAGGUGGCCGAGGACCAACAAAGGCUGACGCAUGAAUCCAAGCAGAUGGACGACGGAUAUGGAAGCAUAUAUUCCUAUAAUGUGAAAGAGGGCAGCACCAUCUUUCUAAACGGACGGCUGAGAGGCGGAUAGGACUCGAGAGGCGGUUAGGACUCGAGAGGAGACUAGACAGGAGACGACUCAAAAAGAGAGAUCUAUACGAAUGUGUUUGU